UCCGGGGCGGCUGAAGGAGAAGGAGAAGAAGAGAAGGCCGCGAGCGUCUCGAGAUGUUCAAAAACACGUUCCAGAGCGGCUUCCUCUCCAUCCUCUACAGCAUCGGCAGCAAGCCCUUGCAGAUCUGGGACAAAAAGGUACGGAAUGGCCACAUCAAAAGAAUCACUGAUAAUGAUAUCCAGUCCCUGGUCUUAGAGAUUGAAGGAACAAAUGUCAGUACCACAUAUAUCACAUGUCCUGCAGACCCAAAGAAGACAUUGGGGAUUAAACUUCCCUUUCUUGUCAUGAUCAUCAAAAACCUGAAAAAAUAUUUUACCUUUGAAGUACAGGUGCUGGAUGACAAGAAUGUGCGCCGGCGAUUUCGGGCCAGUAACUACCAGAGCACCACUCGCGUCAAGCCCUUCAUCUGCACCAUGCCCAUGCGGCUGGAUGAUGGCUGGAACCAAAUCCAGUUCAACCUGUCAGAUUUUACCCGGCGGGCUUAUGGCACAAAUUACAUUGAGACCCUGCGGGUGCAGAUCCAUGCAAACUGCCGGAUCCGACGGGUUUACUUCUCGGACAGACUCUAUUCAGAGGACGAACUGCCAGCAGAGUUCAAACUGUAUCUACCCGUUCAGAACAAGGCCAAGCAAUAACUGGGACACUACUGAAAGGAGAGACCCUGGAUGUGACUCUUAGUUUAGAAAAGAAACUAUCUGGAGGACAAUGCAAAAACCAAAUAUUUAUAUUUGUUCACUGUGCUAUGGCUCUUUUAUCUACAACUUGGUGUCCCUUGUGGCGGAUGCCAGUCACAGUGCAUUGUGCGUCCAGCGGGGGACAGCUACCCCUUGCUAGGUGAACACUGGGUUCAUCCUGCUGCCCGCCCAGCAUGUGUGGAGAUCCAUCCCCACAGCCCUGUAGAUUCAGAGGUGUCCCACAGGCCAUUUCAGACCAAUAUUUCUUUCUAUGGUUCUUUGUUUUAUAUAUUCUCUAAAUAUAUGUAUAUGCUGUGUAAUACUCCUGAUCCAGAAAUGAAUAAAAUGUUAUAUUCUUGGUUUGUA